AUGGCUUCAUCUCGCAUCCAGGCGACAGUACGUCAGCUAUCCAAAACUUACAAGAAGAAAACUAGAUUUGAAAUCGGCAUAGCUUCUGAGUUACCCACCGCUUAUAAGAAGUUUUGGCGAGAAUGGAAGGUACUGAAACCAGCUGCGGUUCAUUUUAUUCCACAAGAGGGCAAGUGGAAGCGGGAUGAGAUUACUGGUGAAACGCUGCCCGUUCAGAACAUCCCGAUACCAUUAAAGUACCCAGCGGAGAUUCAUGAGGGAAUAUGGGGUGGUGAGGCUGUUAUCAAAGGUUUCCAAAAGCGAGAUCGCAACAGUCGCAGAGUACCCCACUACUGGGUACCCGUCCUGAAGAGGACUGUAGUCAAAUCUGAAGUUCUAAACACACAUUUAUCAGUCACCGUCACCGGUAGAACUAUUAAAUUAAUUAAUGAUCAUUAUGGAUUUGAUCAUUACCUGCUUAAGACGCCCGCCUGUGAUCUUGUCUCGAUGCUAGCAUUGAAACUUAAGAAACAAAUACUUACCGAACUCAUGAAUGGAUGCCCUAGACACGCUAACAAUCCCGAGAAACAGAAAAGUGUUUAUGAAGAAUAUAAGACCUAUUUAUCUUCGUACACACCCGAGGAAAUAGAAUGGUAUGGUCUCACUUGGUAUGAAGCACUCAACAAAGUAGCAAAACUAAAGGAGGCUGCAAAUAAACCGGUGCCUUUGAAACAUAUGUACAGGAAAAAACUUAUUGAGAAACUGCAAGAAAAAGAGAGCCAGAGUGAUAGUAGCACUUCUGAUAUAGCGUUAGUAGCAGAUUGGAAUAUUUUGACAUAUAAAUGA